AUGGAGGGCUCUGGAAAUGUGGGGGUGGAUGUUGAGGAGUUUACAAUUGGGGAAUUGAAGAAGUAUUUACUUGUUACUGUUUGUCUCAUUAUUCCGCUUCAUAAGAUGGAACAUAUUUGAAUCUACGACGCUCUUGUGGUGCCACGAGUGCGGCCCAGACUAUGCAUUCUUUUCUACCUUCUAAUUUUACCAGCUUAUACAUGUUUUGGUGGAGCAAUCUUUUGGUUUACCGAUUUGCGUUCAUCACAAGAUGCGCAAAAAAGAUUUGAUCGUGCAUGCAUCACCGAGAAACAAGCGUCGAUGCGGAAGCUUUGGACAUCCUAUAUCACCCUGAAUAUCUCUGGUGAAAACAUUCGUGAUUUUUGGAAUGAAAUUUCAGAAACGAUUGAAUACGUUGAUAAUUGCCAUCGGGAAAGCAUGAGAGAUUUAAGGCCAAAGGUAUUCAAACCGUACGAAUCGAUCGUAUUUUCGUUCGGGGUUAUCACAACUAUCGGGUACGGUGACCUGGUGGUAAGAACGGUCAGCGGUCGUUUUCUUUCAAUAUUAUACGCAGUGUUCGGCAUUCCUUUGAAUGUGGCAUUUACGGCUGAUUUUGGUGACUUAAUUUCAAAAUUCACAAGCAAAGUUAUCAAGUAUAUUCGUGAACUUUAUGCAUCGUAUCUACGGAGGUGA